AAAAAACGAGUUUUGUGGGCGUGUGUCGGCUUGUCGGGCAGUCUUUGCGUUUCAGGCUACCUCUUGCAUCUCUUGGAGCAUCUGUACAGGCAUCUGUACAGCCAUCUAUAGCAAAUGAACGCAUGAUGCGGCGCGUCCCGGCAGCGCCGCCGGCGCACAACAAGCAGCGGCCAGCGCCAGCACUGCCAAAUUCCAGCGGUCGCAACAGCAAAUUCUUGCGUGCCGCGCUUGCCGCCCUGAUUGUCGCCGCCUGUUCAAUCAUCUAUUACCGCGCCAAUUACGGACGCACGCUCGCGGCGUCGCUCGAGGCCGCGCCACCGGAGCCGCGCGAGCCGCCGUGCCGCGCGCCGCCGCCGGAACGUGCCGCCGUAAACCCGCGUAUUGGCAUUGUCGUCCUGGCGGACACCGCGUCGGAGGCCCGCUACGUGCAGACGCAGCGCUAUUCGCAAAAAUCGUUGGACAACAAGCGCGCCUACGCGGACCACCACGGCUACGAGCUCAUCGUGCACGAGCCCGCGGCGGCGCUGCCGGCGCCCUGGUCGAAGGUCGACGCGCUGCUGCUCCACCUGCGCCGCUUCGACUGGCUCCUGUAUUUGGACGGCGACGCGCUCGUCGCGAACCCGGCCAUCUGCCUCGAGUCGUUCCUCGACGACGCCUACGACGUCGUCAUGGCGGAGGACUGGGGCGGCUACAACACGGGCGCCUUCUUCGUGCGGAACUCGACGUUCUCCCACGAGCUGCUGCGGAAGAUGGCCGACGCGGCGACCGGAAAGCUGGACCUCGCCCGCCGCGAGCCCUGGUACGCCAAGACGCUACCCUUCGAGUUCGAACAACGGGCGUUGCACUACCUCACGGACACCGCGUCAUGGCGCAAGUGGGCAGCCCGGUCGCCGACGAAGGUGCCUCGCGUCGAUCCCGCCGCCGCCGCGCGCACGCGGUCCCACAUCAAAGUCGUGCCCCAGUGCGCGCUCAACGCGUACUUGGUGCGGCCGCGCCUCGCGUCGGGCCCGAGCGCCAAGGUUGCGGCGCGCGCGGCGUACCAGCCCGGCGACUUCGUCGUGCAUCUUGCCGGGCACAAAGGCGAGAACAAAGGGGCGCUCCUCGACUACGCGCUCAAGCACCUCGCGCACGCGCCUCCACAGGGCGCGCCGAAAUGCGGAGUAACGUAGCCGACUCUUAACACAGGGGAUGGGGCCUAGGCCG